AUCGGCACAACACAGGCUUCCCUUUCCCUUCCCUUGCCCUUGUUCAUUGUUUGCUCACGGCCAACCCGAUGAUUGAUAGCCGUUACCCGGGGGCGGAUGUUUUCGUCCAGGCCAGCCGGCAAGCCGAGUUCCAGUUCAUUACCUCUGGCACCCACUAGUUUGUCCCUGUCCCUUGUCUUAAUCUUGCUCCGGUCUUCUUCCGGACAGUCCUCCCCCUCUUCUAUGGCCCUCAGCCCCCCAAAGGGAACCACAGACACAGACAGCAAUGAAUGCUCCCAUUGUUUGCACAUAGGACCAAAGAGGUGGCGUCAUAAAUUCUAGGAAAUAAUAACAAUAACAAUAAAAAUCUCUUUGUACAUAAUAAACUCCUUCCGAUUGGCCAUGCGGGGGAACCGCAGGGGGAAGAGGAACACUACCAAUGCCCUGCCAUCCCUUCAACUUGGCCAUCCGGUCGGACGGGCGGUCGGUCAGUUAUCCCUGGCCCUCUAGGAAGGGGAAGUUGCGAUCACGCUAGCGCCAUUGACAACGGAACGAUAAGAGAGAGAGAGAGAGAGAGAGAGAGAGAGAGAGGCAGAGAGAGAGAGAGAGAGAGAAAGAUAGGAAGAGGGGGCUUUCGGAGGGCCGUCCUUGUACCCUUUGAUUAAGUAUUCGAUAAGCCGGGCAUAACGAGCCGGGACGAGGCGAUAUCGAGCGAAAGUUUUGGUUUUCGGCUUUUUCGGGGAUCGUGAAAACAUAUUUCCUCCCCAUCGGUCGCCCAGUCGGUCGGUCGUUCGGUGGACAAUGGGGUUGGAUUCUUUUAUCCCCCUCCCCCCCACCAACCAUACCCCCCGUUCCCUCCCCCGUUCCCUCGCGAGUCCAUUCCGAUUUUGUGGAGCUUCAUUUCCGCUGGAUCGCGAGGGCACCACCCGGUAGCCAUUCUCGUUUCUCGUUCUCGAGAGUGAUAAAGUGUCGAGUACGAAACUCGAAACAAACGCACGCAACCGGUUAUAAUUAUUAACCGAAAUAAAAACGGAACCUUAAUUAAUAAACAUCCCUUUCACUCUUUCUCGAACUCCUUUGUGCGCGCUCUCUCUCUCGCUCUCUACAUUUGUCUUUUUGUCUCAAAAAGCAAUCUGUCCAGCCGAAACACAGAAAGCGAACGAAGCCGGGGGGUUUCGGGGCAGCGGAUGUUGGAUAAUUUAGGUUAAUGUCAUGUUUUUGGCCAACCGCUUCAUCAUCACAGGCCGACCGCUACACGCGCGUUUUGCAGACGAAAAAGUACGACCACCGCAACGGCGUGUGAGUGGUUCAUUUCGAUGAUUUUUUAUGGACCCUUUCCCCCCGCCCCCCCCUGCUUGCACCCCUGGAACCCGUUAACGGUCGCAUUAAAAGGAUUUGAAGGAAAAGGGGAACGGUAACGCGGUUCCGAUUGUUACGAGGGGGGGAUUGAGAGAUGGUUUUAAACAUUUAAAGGCGAAAAUUGCGAAGGCAAGUGAUAUAAAGAGCUGGCACUGUAGCUCAUGGAUGUGAUGUAGUUCAGAGAGAUGAAAUGGAUGAAAAGGAAUGUUAAAGUGGUUCGAUCGCUUGGUGUACAUGGAGCACGCACGAACCGGCUAUUACUCAUCACAGGAUAUUCAGUAUUUACUCGUUUCGUAGCGUUUAGGGGUGGGGUGUGGAUGGAACAACACGCGAAACAAUGGAAGCCUCCGUACUCCCGUGCGGGAACAGAUUUUAUCUUUGUUGAGUAUUGAUCGAUUUGAUUUUAACAUAGAAUUUCUAAAGACUGACAUUUCUAAGCAGGAACGCUAUUCGGCCACCCAGAGACAGAUCGGUGGCCAGCGUGUUCGCAAGACACAAAAUCACAAGCUACAGCAACCCGGGGAAUUGACGAGCUCGCCGAGCCUUUGGUUCAAACAGGGCGGAGAGUAGAUCACGCGCAGAGAGAGAGAGAGAGAUCAAACGUAGAGCAUUAUGUUUUGCGCAUCGGUCGCAAAUGGCACAAUGGAUUACGUUCUUUCUUUGUAUGUGUCUGUGUGUCUGUAUGUGUGUAUGUAGAACCGAGUUCCGGCGAGUUCAUUCAUCCAUAGUAUCCAUGAUCUUCGAACUAUCGCGUGCACGUGGCAGCAGCACGCAGAACAAAACAGGUCUCUCACCCGACGAAGAAGAGGAGGAGGAGAUAACAAAUCUAGCAAUUCGGUUCCGGUUGGUGCGCAGAACGCAGAUCAGGUGUAGGUCGGAACCUGUCCUAGGUCCCACGGUGCCUGUGGCCGGGAUGUAUCAUUAUAGCAAAAAAAAAGCGUAUCGCCUCGAUACCUACUCUCCCAUUUCCCUUUUUUGCGCCCUCCACUAACAAAAGGAUAUGUGAAGUAACACGAAGUGUUUUAACAGAGAGAGUGGAAGGAAGAAAAUAGAAAGAGAAAGCGAAAGCGCAAGAGAGGGAGAGGCAGCGAAAAAGGAAGAGAAUGGUGUACAUAAGUCAGUAAGCUAAUGAGCUAAAUAAAUGAAAAACCCACAAGCAUGCAACCGGCCGGAAGGCACAAUGUUGAGGAAAAAGGUUGAUGGCCACGCGAUGACGAUGGUGACGCACGCACAAGCACACAGAACAAACUCACACCACCCCCUCCCCCCCCCCCCUCCCCCAAACACACCCAUACACCCACACGAAAAAGCGAAGGACACUUAUCCGUCGACAUCACCAUCGUCGUGCUUGUGGUCGGUCGUUUGUCGUGGAGUGUUUGCACGAUUUGGCUAAGUGAGGUGGUCGAGAAGGAGGAGGAGGAGGACUACUUAACCGAGGAGGGUCAGCAGCAGGGGCUAUCACGGAAAAGCGGGCGGCGGUCGUGUCACCAAAGA